AUUUGUCAUGCUGCUCUCUGAGUAUAAAGGAAGUUGUGAACAUGCCUGUGCAUCUCAGCAAAGCUGCAAAAACGUGUCUGUCUGUGUGUGAGAGGAGCCCGCUCUGUAUCUCCACAUCUCUCUGUCUCUCUGUCUGUCUGUCCCACACUCUCUCCAUCUCUCCAUCUCCCUCUCUCCCUCUGUCUGUCUGACUGUCUCGCUGCAACCUGACUGGAAGAGCAAAUCACCUGGGAACAGAGAAUCGACCCUCAACCAUGAACAAUUUCUCUGCUCAGAUCCUAUUGGCUCUCUUCAGCUUGUUCUGUGACAUCACCAGCGUGGUCUCCGCCCCCCACCGUUACCGCGGCGACUUCAAAAGUCUUGUCAAUCAGGCGCAAACUCUGCUGACAGAGAGCAAACACCUGCUAAACCACAUGAAGUCCCACUCUGAUGCAGACGGGGAUCACAAGCUGGACUCUCUGCCGGUCCUGUCUGUCAGCGCCACCAACCUCUCAACAGCACAGGUGAAAUCGACUCUCUCCAAGCUCCUCUCAGACCUGUUCUCCUAUGAGAAGCAUUUUGAUUGGCUGCGCCGGGUGAGCGAGCGACCUCAUCACGGGCACCUCCCCAAAGUGGUAGGAGUCCUGACUCACAUCCGCAACAUGAUCGCCAGCCUACAACACCAGAUGAUACAGUUGAAUGUGCCGCGCCCGCCACCCCCCUCCCCCUCGCUGCCCCCCCCCCACCCCCCCGUGUGGGAGGCGGUCCAGACAGCGCACGCCAUCCUCAAGAGCUUCCGGCUCUUCUCUGACUGGUCAGUGCGGGCGCUGCUCUCGCUCAGUGACAGGCUCUGAUUGGACGGAGAGAGGGGGAGGACAAAUGGACGCAAUACUUGAAUCAGCAGGCUGAGUUAAAGAGAUCCCAACUGACAAAACAACAUCUCACCUGUCUGUUCUGCACCUCACACACACACAGGUCCCAAACGUGCAGUUUGGAAAGAAAUUCAUAGUUACAGCAGAACAUGGAAAUCUGUUACACCCACACUUCCAGGUCAGCAGUGUCUUGUGGGUCGCUAUCUGAAAGCGUGUCAGUCAAUAAGCAAAGCUGAAGAAGAAGCCAGUGAAGGGGACGGGGGACAAUUUCACCCUCCAGCUGCACACAGAGAUGUCACCACCCCAGUGUAGCAGUCUGGUUUGUGCACAGAGAUGUCAUCACCCCAGUGCAGCAGCCUGGUUUGUGCACAGAGAUGUCAUCACCCCAUUGUAGCAGCCUGGUUUGUGCACAGAAAUGUCAUCACACCAGUGUAGCAGCCUGGUUUGUGCACAGAGAUGUCACCACCCCAGUGUAGCAGCCUGGUUUGUGCACAGAGAUGUCAUCACCCCAGUGCAGCAGCCUGGUUUGUGCACACAGAGAUGUCAUCACCGCAGUGUAGCAGCCUGGUUUGUGCACACAGAGAUGUCAUCACCCCAGUGUAGCAGCCUGGUUUGUGCACAGAGAUGUCAUCACCGCAGUGUAGCAGUCUGGUUUGUGCACAGAGAUGUCACCACCCCAGUGCAGCAGCCUGGUUUGUGCACAGAGAUGUCAUCACCCCAGUGCAGCAGCCUGGUUUGUGCACAGAGAUGUCACCACCCCAGUGCAGCAGCCUGGUUUGUGCACAGAGAUGUCACCACCCCAGUGUAGCAGCCUGGUUUGUGCAUACAGAGAUGUCACCACCCCAGUGUAGCAGCCUGGUUUGUGCACAGAGAUGUCACCACCCCAGUGUAGCAGCCUGGUUUGUGCAUACAGAGAUGUCAUCACCGCAGUGUAGCAGUCUGGUUUGUGCACACAGAGAUGUCAUCACCCCAGUGUAGCAGCCUGGUUUGUGCACACAGAGAUGUCACCACACCAGUGUAGCAGCCUGGUUUGUGCACAGAGAUGUCAUCACCCCAGUGCAGCAGCCUGGUUUGUGCACAGAGAUGUCAUCACCCCAGUGCAGCAGCCUGGUUUGUGCACAGAGAUGUCAUCACCCCAGUGCAGCAGCCUGGUUUGUGCACAGAGAUGUCAUCACCCCAGUGUAGCAGCCUGGUUUGUGCACAGAGAUGUCACCACACCAGUGUAGCAGCCUGGUUUGUGCACAGAGAUGUCAUCACCCCAGUGUAGCAGCCUGGUUUGUGCACACAGAGAUGUCAUCACCCCAGUGCAGCAGCCUGGUUUGUGCACAGAGAUGUCAUCACCGCAGUGUAGCAGUCUGGUUUGUGCACAGAGAUGUCACCACCCCAGUGUAGCAGCCUGGUUUGUGCACACAGAGAUGUCAUCACCCCAGUGUAGCAGCCUGGUUUGUGCAUACAGAGAUGUCAUCACCGCAGUGUAGCAGUCUGGUUUGUGCACAGAGAUGUCACCACCCCAGUGUAGCAGCCUGGUUUGUGCACAGAGAUGUCAUCACCCCAGUGUAGCAGCAGACAUCAUGCUGUACAGGAGAGCCAUGCCUUGCUGUAACUCUGUGUUUCUUUCCAUGUAGAAGGACUGUCUAGAGGAAGUGUGAUGUAUCUGAAAGCCCGUGUAGUAGCUGGGUAUAAACAGAUAUCAAAUGAAAUGACAUAUUUUUGCUCUAACUAUGUGCUUCUUUCCAAACUGCAACUGUGAGAUUCAGGGGCUGCUCUCUCCUCCCUCUCACAGCGUUGACCGACACACUUUGUCAAAGAUUUCUUCAUUCUCUUUGAAAAUCUUUAUUUUAUAACAAACCUGCACUUCCGUUUUGUACCACAAGUAGGCACCACCGUUGUGUAUCUCUCUCGUCAGCUGACACGGGACCAGUAUAACAAACCAGUUUAACCACUAAGGCCACUGGUUUACCAUUCAGCGAGAUUACUUAUUUAUUCCAAUUGUGUCUGGAAGACAGAUUGUCUUUGUAAGUUAUUUAUUUAUUUAUUUAUUUCAUUAUUAUUAUUAUUAUUAUUAUUAUUAUUAUUAUUAUUAUUAUUAUUAUGAUGAUGAUGAAUAUUAAA